CAUGGAACAUCUUCUGCUGUACCGUAUUGUUGUUCUUGUUUUAUUAAUUGCUGGAUUUGUUCUAUGUUUCUUGUCUUUGAUACUACCUUAUUGGAUAAGGUUUAACACGGAUUUCGUCUCUGGUUACCAGGGAUUAUUCUUUAUAUGCAUCUACAAUCAUGGCGGUAGUGUUCCUUGCAGCAAUAUUAUGGACUCCAAGUUGAACGUAUACGGGAGUUACAAGAUUCCGCAAGUGUUUAUGAGCAUCGGGUUUUCUUUCUACUUCAUCUGUGUUGUUUUGGCCUCUUUGACAUUCUUCUGGACACGUGACCUGAAAAAAAUAAGAGGAAUCAAGUUUGCUGCUGCAUCAUUUGCUUUUCUUACAGCGAUUUGCUUGGUAGUCGCUGUUGUUGUAUUCCACAACUAUCAUGACAAAGAAACUAAAACUAUAACUUAUGGAUGGUAUAUUGCAGUUAUAAGUCUUGGUUGUGUAACUUUAGCCUGUCCAUGUUAUAUUGUUGAUGGUUGUCAUACUAUCAAACAAAAAGACGAAAAAGUUUCGACAACAAAUACAGCUCCCUGUCCUACUGCUCUCACUGUCUAUGAAAGACAGAAAUUAAUAGAUGGCUUUAAUAGUCCCUGUCCUACUGCUCUCACUGUCUAUCAAAGACAGAAAUUAAUAGAUGGCUUUAAUGAUCAAAUGUCAAAACAGCAAAGCCAGUUACCGGAACCACUUGGAUUAAAAGGUAAAUUUGCUGUCUUAUAUGGUGUAACAACCUUAGAACUCCCUCCACCAAGACCAAUAACAACUGAUGACAGCGAUGACGAUACUUAUAAAUUAAGGCCAAUGAAAACUUUAAAACAAGCAAUGGUUGUUCCACCGGUUUCUGGGUAUAGCUUUAAAACGAUAAAUGACUAUGAUAACAACGAAGAAAGUUUUGUUCAUCCACCUCCGAAAAUUGUCAGUUCAGAUUCUCCUCUUAAAGACAUUUUACGCAGAAACUUACAAACUCAUUCCGGUUAUGACAGUGAUGUAUCUAGACAAUCUAGUUGUUAUAGUUUAGAGAGUGGCCAGAUUGAUGAUAGUGACCUUGAAAUCUAUUUGCUCACAAAAGGUUCUAGGUCAAAUAUGGGAAGCGAUAAAGAUCGUCCUCCAAGUCGUGAAGCAUUCGGUAAAAGGAAAAUUAAAACAAAACAUAAAGUUUCUUCACGAAUUGUUGACGGAAAAAAUGUUACAGAUAUCGCACAUGAAGGAUUACCCACUAUACAUAUCAUUGGUCCAGACAGAGAGUCAAGUGACUAUAAAGAACCCAAUCCUUUAGGUUCAUCAAGUGCACUACCAAGAGAAGAUGAAGUACUAUUACCAUCUGAAGCUGAAAAUGAUGACGACACAUAUUACAAGGCUAAUAAGAAAUCAGCAUCUACACGAUUGAGCAGACGUCAUAAACAAGAACAUGACAAUGAGGCUUAUGCAAAAUCAGACGAUGAAAUUUACAGAGCAAGAUAUGGUACACGUUCUCCAUACACGGAAAAGAAAGAUGCACAUCGAGAAAUGGGGGAAUAUGAUGACAAACCACAAAAAUCUCGAAAGAAAUCUAGUAAGAGCAAGAAACAUCGCAGUAGAAAAGAACGUAGGGAAGGAGAAAGUCCAAUGUCUCUCAGAGAUGUAAAUACAACAAAAGAAGACAAAUCGAACAAAUCAACCGCAAAAGGGGAUGAUGUAUAUAAUAAAGGCGUUGAAGUAAGUACAGGACUACCAAAAGAAAAUACAAAUUAUUCGGACCAGACAGUAGAUCGCUCUAGUAAGCGCAUAGACCAAAGCGAAAAUCGGCAUGUCGAAAAAUCUGAAGAACAGGUCUUUGAAAAAAAGAAGUACGACAAACAUGAUGCAGACAGGACAAAAAGCCAUGAUCAACUGUAUGACGAUGAAGGAAACAAAAUCACCUACAACCAAAAAAACGACAAAAAAACAAAGAAACGCCAUUCAAGUAAAAAGAAGCAUACUAAACCCUAUGUCGGUACCAAUCUUACAUAUGACAAGGUUGACACAGAUUUGGUCAACGGUGGUUGUGAUCAUACAGCUCAAAUACAGCAAGAUGAAACAUUCGCAUUGGUAGAACAAAUACUGAAAAUCGAAUAAAUGAGGAAAACGACGAGACAAAGUUAUAAAGAAUUGCAAUAUUUAUUAGGAAAAAAUAGAUAAUCUUAUAUUCCAUUAUUAUAUUUUAUCUAUGUAAAUAAUGCACAACAGUUAGAAUAAGAUUUUUUUUUAUCCCUGAUGUAUAUCAAUUUGAUCUGUUUAAUGUCUUGACUAAAUAUUAGAAUUGACAACAAGUAAAAAAUAUA